GGUUAGCAUGAAAUUGUAUGGUCAAGCUUUGUUUCAUGCCUUCAGCUAAGCUCAAAAUCUUUCUUGAAACUUGAGUUAUUUCACUUAUUUGUGUGCGUUUUGUAUUUAAAUUCAAGAAAUCUGGAAGACUUUUUUAAUUUUUAGUUGUUUGAUUUAGGUACUAUAUUCUAAACUUUUUCAAACACUGCUUUCUUCCUAAUACCAUAUGCAUAAGAAGAAGCAGCCUUUAAUCAUCAUUAUCUCCAUCAAAGUCAAACCACUCCUCUCGGAAAUGACUAGCAUUCAAUGGGCAGACCUUCCGAAAGAACUGUUAGAAAUGAUCGGCAAACGCUUAGAUUCUCGUGUGGACACACUUCGCUUUCGUGCUGUCUGUACUUCAUGGAGAUCCUCUGUCUCCUUACCUUCAUCGGAUCAAGAAAUCCCUCCUCUCAUCCUCAACCUUCCUGGCCCAAUUUCUUAUCCCCCGCUUUUCUUUCAAACCACGAUCUGCCGCAUGGACCAUGUACGUAAAGAUCCAAACUCUUCUUCUUCAUCAAAAUCAUGGUUGGUUAAAGUUGGAGAGUCAAACUACGGUAAGUUGAAGCUUUUCAACCCGCUUACAAAUCAAGAAAUCAAGUAUUCUCCUAUAGCUUUGAACUUACUUGAAUUCAAGUUUGUGGAGUUGAGUAAAGCUUUUUUACUUAAAUCGCCUCAUGGGUUUUCUGUUGAUGGAAUAAAUAAAGUUGUUCUGUUUCGUGUCUCUGCAAAUUCUAGUGAUGAAAAUGAGUUUGGGAUUUUGGCUAUUUUUCAUGAAGUAGAGCUGGCUUAUUGGAAAUAUGGGGCUGAGAGUUGGAUUACAUUGGGUGGUGAUGAGAAUGUUCAGUAUGAUGAUAUUACUGUGUGCAACGAGCGGGUUUAUGUUGUUGAUAGAUGUGGGACGGUUUCUUGGAUUAGUCCGGUGUUGAAUGUGACUCAAUAUUACCCGUCGCUGUAUUGCUUCGGCGGGCAGAAGGAUUUGGUGGAGUGUUGUGGAGAUAUUUAUGUUGUUGAUAGGUAUCUUGAUGGAGAAAGAAGAAGAUGGGUAGGUAUUGAUGGUCUGAUGGAUAGCGAUGAUGAAAUUCUACCUAAUGUGGGAUUCACCCCGACACAUGCUCCUAAGGCAAUCGAUUUUAGAGUUUAUAAAAUGGAUGAAGAUUGGGGUAAAUGGAUUGAAGUCAAAUCGUUAGAUGACAAGGUCUUCGUUUUGGGGAUGGAUUGUUCCUUCUCAGUUUCGUGUAAAGAGUUUAAUGGAGUUAAAGGGAAUUGCAUUUACUACAUGGAUGGUGAUGAUUACGUGGGUAGUGGACUAAGUAGUGGGAGCAUUCAUGUGUUUCAAUUAGAAGAUGGUAGCAUUCACAAACUUGCAGCGAUUCCCGAGUUCUCUGAGAUAUUCUGGCCUCCAAGCAAUGUGUCCUCUGUGUAAAUCAAUCCGGGCCUGGAUGCUUCGUGUAUGCAUGAUUAUGCUAUGAUUUUGUUAGUUAUCUGAUUUACGCAAAUAAGAUGCGUGUUUUAGCAUCAUUGUAAUAUUGAAACCUUGGCUUCGGUAAUGCUUGGUGAUGUAAACUUGUUGACGUUGAUCAAUAUUGUUUAUCUGCGAUACUCUGCCAGUGGACAUUGAAGCCAAUCAAGCCUAGUUUUCCCUUCAAAGCAGGGGAAGAGAUGAAGACCCAGGUCUCAUCUUUGUACAGUUGCAUGAUCCCAUCCUCCGCAACCAAUCGAAUUUAAGGUGAUUAAUUACUCUGGGGAAGGAUCCUUUAACAGUCACGUUCAAAACCAAGAAUUUAAGAUAUGUAUGCAGAUUGAAGCCAAGAUCCCAUUCAAAAGAAGUGCAACUCCUCGUUGUCUCUCCCCUCUUGCAUGUAUUCUCUCUUUUCUUUUUCUUAUUUCUUUCUCUUUUUUUUGGUAAUUGUGGGUGUCCGGACCAGCUUAUGCACACCUCGACUAAUCCUUGAAGCCCUGAAAUUAACGAUCAUGUAAGUCUUUAAUAGCUUUGGAGUCUAUGACAGUUGAGCCACACCUCUCGAAACUUGAUUGUCCUACAUGGUGAACUAGUACCUCUUUAACCUAUGUAAACUUGUAUUCCAGAAUUUAAUUAUGGAUUGUGAAUAUUGAGAUCCAUUUUUAA